AUGGCGACGGCCUUGCCCAGGCCAUCACGGCCCUCAAAUGGCCCGCCAAAUAUGGCAUUGCCUGCUUUGCCAGUAACCAAAACUCGGAAGAGCACAGGAAAUAUCUCAUCACCAGCUCCAGCGAAAUCGGCGCCGUCCACACCCAGAAGUGGUCUCAGAGCACCAUCAAGUGUUCUGGCUCCUCCAACUCCGGCACCAAUCACCACAUUGCCUCAACUGAAAGGGCUCUCCGGUGCGAGUGCGGUAAAUGCAGCGGGAAAGACGCUUAGGAAAACCGUCAGCAUCAGUUCAUUUCCACAUCCUCCGAGAGGCGAUAGCAGGUCGAGCAGUUUGCCACCUAGUCCGUUGGCGAACGAAAAAUCGCGAUCCAGAAAAUCGAAAACGCCCAAAGAACUUUCCCAUCUUACGUACUCUCCGUCUACACCAAGCUUGUUGAAUGGAAGCGGCGAGGGUAAAUCUAUUAGCAAUGCUCGCAUGUCAGAUGGUUUGAUGAGCAUUUCCUCACCGCCGCAAAGUCGAAGCUCUUCCGCACAAGAUUCCUACUCAACGUCUGCGACAACUUAUGAUGAGCCUGGAGAAGGGUCAGCGUCGAAACUUGAUGGGGCAGGCGCAGUUUCCGGUUCAGCCUCAGAUAAACGAUCGUCCAAAUCUGACGGCAAAGGCAACGUGGUUGUUAGCGUGCGAGUUCGCCCAGACAAUAAUGCUGGUGGCCAGUCGAAUCCUGAAGGAGAAUGGAUGGUAGAUGGCCGCAAGUCUCUCAUUGCCUACAAAGGAAAGGAAGGGGGCGAUUAUAUUUAUGACAAUGUCUUUACAACGCACGACAACAAUGCGCGCGUGUAUGACCAUAUCGCAAAGCGACUCGUCCGGAGAGUAAUGGAAGGCUACCACGGAACUGUCUUUGCUUACGGUAUGACCGGUACGGGUAAGACGUUUUCCAUGCAAGGAACAGCCUCAUCACCGGGUGUGAUCCCCUUGGCAAUUACCGACAUCUUUUCCUAUAUUCGUGAAACACCAUCUCGAGAGUUCUUGCUGCGCGUUAGCUACCUCGAAAUCUAUAACGAAAGAAUUCACGACUUGUUGAGUAUGCCUACAGGGAGUGGUGUCGGUGGUGCUCCACAGCAGGAUGAGAUUAAGCUUCGCGAAGACAGCAAGAGAGGCGUCUAUGCCACGCCUUUGAAGGAAGAAAUCGUUCAGAGCCCUACGCAAUUGUUGCGAGUCAUUGCACGAGGUGAUCAGGCGAGACGUACUGCUAGCACGCAGUUUAAUGCGCGCAGUUCACGAAGUCAUGCCGUUGUUCAGAUUGUUGUCGAAAGCCGCGAACGGAUGCCAGGCGGCGCUGCCGGUGGAGCGGAAGGCAAACGUUCAGGUAUCCUCCCCGGCGGCGUACGUGUUUCUACCCUGAGUUUGAUUGAUUUGGCUGGCUCCGAAAAGGCGGCCGAAUCUAAGGAGCGAAGGCAAGAGGGUGCCCAUAUCAACAAGAGUCUCCUCACAUUGGGAACCGUCAUAUCAAAAUUAUCUGAGUGGAAAGACAAAGAGGGCGGGAAAGGAAACGAAAAAGAAGGAAAGCAUCUGCCUUAUCGCGAUAGCAAACUCACACGCCUUCUUCAAGGAGCCUUAUCUGGAAAUUCACUUGUAAGCAUUCUGUGCACAAUUCAGAUAGGUGCCGCUGGAAGCGCAGCAGCCGCAAAUACCCACACUACCGAAACCAUCAAUACCCUCAAGUUUGCGUCCCGAGCCAAGAACAGCAUUGUGAGCCACGCCAAGAGGGCUGAAGAAGCGCUUGGUGCUGGAGGGGACGGCGGCGCAAGAGUGCUGUUAGAGCGGUACCGCAUGGAGAUAGUCGAGUUGCGGAAGCAGCUCGAUUCGCAGAAGGGGAAGAGGGGCAGCAAGAGUAGUGAUACAGAGAAAGAGAGGGAUGAGGAAGCCGAGAAGGCCAGGGAAAUGGAAGCUGUCGAGAGACAUGAGGAACAGAUGUUGGAGAUGCAACUUGCUAGGACGGCGCUCAAGGAACGAAUCGACCAUCUCAACCGACUGAUCCUCAGCUCCAAGUCUAUUGGUGUCAAUUCCAAUGGCUCAUUGAGUUCGCUCGGCCAAUAUGCACGGUAUUCACAGCUGUCUCUCUCUGGGUCUAUCCGAUCCUCUGUGGCCACUUCGAUUGGAUCAAAGCCUCUGCUAGAGCGCACUGCUUCCAUGACGUCUGCAUCGUCGACCAUCGGUCGUCGGUCUAGCGGUGGACAAAGAUUGUCCGGUGAGCCCGAAGGAGAACCUAUCGAAGCCGACGAAGACAGCAUUGGCGAGUUUGGAGAUGGUACGGCCUCCCUCACGGCUCAGAACAGGGCGCUCCAGGCAGACUUAGCCGAUAAGAACCGGUACAUUGCUACGCUUGAGAAGAGACUUCUCCAAGCGAGGCGGGCCAGCUCGUCACGCACGUCUGUUGGAUUCUCAGCGCCUAGUAAGAGUAUUAUGGUGGGCGAAGACCACAGUGUCGCCGCUGCUUUGAAGGAGAAGGAUGCCGAGAUUGCUGAUCUCCGUGCUCGGCUCGACGACAAGGAUCGCAUGCUCGCUGCUCUGAGAAGUGCAGCGCGCUCUCGGGAUACGGCUGACGCUUCUGCUGAGUCACGGUCACCGCCGGCUCCUGAUCAAACAAAGACGACGCCGACUAGCCCUACGCUAAACCAGGCACCAAGGCGGCGGACCAAGAGCGUCGAUGAGAUGAAUAGAAUGCUCGAAGAGAUGAUCCAGGACCGCGUGGAGACGGGGCAAAUCAUUCGUGGAUCGCGUGGCAGCGUGCGGUUAGCAAAUGGUCAGAAGCUGGACUCACUUGCAGAGCCGCCGCACACUUUGGAACCGUUGCGACAGAGCCCGAUUCCCUUGGUCUCAUCAGAGAUGACCGCCGUCGAGUCUGCGUAA